AUGACCUAUAUCAGCAACGAUGCCUCCACAGAGGUAGAAGGCGACGAAGGCAGAUACCCUACCGGUGAGGAAAUGAAAGCCUUGCGCCACGUUUCGGAAACGAUUCCGUUGUCUUGCUGGCUAGUUGCCGUUGUGGAGUUGUGCGAACGUUUUGCCUACUACGGGUUGUCGGGCCCGUUCCAGAACUACAUGCAAAACGGUCCAGAUGACGUCCCAGCUGGUAUCUUGAACUUGGGGAACCAGGGUGCCACCGCCUUGUCCUACUUCUUCCAAUUCUGGUGCUACCUCACCCCGAUCUUCGGUGCCUGGGUUUCUGACACCUACUGGGGUAAGUACAAGUCCAUCUUUGUGUUCUGUCUUAUCUACUUUGUGGGGAUUUUCAUCUUGUUCAUCACCUCCAUUCCAUCCAUUACCAGCCCAUCGAUCGCUCUCGGCGGCUACGCAACAGCGAUCGUCAUCAUCGGUAUCGGCACCGGUGGUGUCAAGUCCAACGUCUCUCCGUUGAUUGCCGACCAGAUUCCAAAGACCAAGCCGAGAAUCCACAUCUUGCCCAAGACCGGCGAACGCGUCAUCUUGGACCCCGCUGUGACCACCCAGAACGUAUUCAUGUUCUUCUACUUGAUGAUCAACAUCGGCUCCCUUUCCGUUAUUGCCACCACCCAGUUGGAGAUGCACAAGGGUUUCUGGGCCGCGUACCUCUUGCCGUUGUGCUUCUUCGUCAUUGGCGUUGUGGUUUUGGCGCUUGGGAAAAACCAAUACGUCAAGACCCCGCCCUCCAGCACCGUUAUCGCUGACAGUUUCCACAUCAUCUGGAUUGGUGUCAGAAACAAGUUCAGCUUCGACACCGCCAAGCCAAGCAACAGUCCAGACAAGGGCUAUCACUGGAACGACCACUUUGUCGACGAGGUCAAGAGAGCCAUAGUUGCCUGUAAGGUGUUUUGUUUCUACCCAAUCUAUUGGGUGGUGUACGGCCAGAUGGUGAACAACUUUGUUUCCCAGGCCGGUACCAUGGAGUUGCACGGGUUGCCGAACGACAUCUUGCAGGCCAUUAACUCCAUCACCAUUAUUUUGUUCAUCCCAAUCAUGGAGAGAUUUAUCUAUCCGUUUAUCAGACGCUACACUCCAUUCAGGGCCAUCACCAGAAUCACCUUUGGGUUUUUCUUUGCCUCUAGUUCCAUGGUCUACGCCGCCGUCUUGCAGCACUAUAUCUACCAGGCCGGUCCGUGUUACGACAACCCAAUGAAGUGCGCUGCCUCUGAUGGUAAGAUCCCAAACCACGUCCACAUUGCCACCCAGGUUCCAGCCUACGUCUUGAUCGCUCUUUCGGAAAUCUUUGCUUCCAUCACUGGUUUGGAGUACGCCUACACCAAGGCCCCAGUCAGCAUGAAGUCCUUCAUCAUGUCCAUGUUUUUGGUCACCAACGCCUUCGGCUCUGCCUUGGGGAUUGCCUUGUCACCUACCGCAGAACACCCUAAGUUGGUCUGGACUUACACCGGCUUGGCCACCUCCUGCUUCAUUGCCGGCUGCUGCUUCUGGCUUUGCUACCACCACUACAACGCUAGAGAAGACGAGCUUAACGCGUUGGAGUAUACCAAGGAAGCUGGUGAUAUCCGUGAGGUGGACGAAGACCACUUUAACAGCGCCGAGCUUAUUCCAUUCAAGUCGGCCAAGAGCUUGUAA